UUUGCUUCACUAUUCACUUCCUGUACGAUUUUUGAACGAAGGAAGUCAGAAAGAACAAACAAUAUGCCGAGAAGAUCAAGAUCUCGGUCCAGAUCUCCAAAAAGAGAAAGAAGAUCCUCGAAGGAAAGAGAAAGAAGAAGACACAGACGCAGUCGUUCCAGGUCCCCUAGAAGGAAAUCUAGGUCACCUCACAGAACCAGGGAACACAGAUCAAGGUCGCCAAGGCACAAGGAAAGAAAAGAAAAGGAGAGGGAAAGAGAACCAAAGCAGGCAGAAAAAGUAGUGUUACAAAAGCCAGAAAUAUCAGAGGAAGAUUUAAAAGGAUUGCCUCAGGAUGAAGCAGAUAUGAUGAAAAUUAUGGGCUUUGGAAACUUUGAUUCAUCCAAGGGUAAAAAAGUUAAAGGAAAUGAUAUUUAUGUUGCAAAUAUACCAAAGAAGCGAAGAUACAGACAGUACAUGAACAGAAGAGGUGGCUUCAACAGACCUUUAGACUUCAUUGCCUGAGACAAUUUCCAUCAAGGCCCACUGAUUGACAGCCAUUUUAUAUGCAUAAUGCUAAACAGUGCACAGAAUUACAUUUUAUAGUCAAACAACAAUUAGUACAUUGACACAGAGGAUGAAGUGAAGUGAUGUGUACAUGUACAUGUGUUUUUUUGUAGUAUCCAUACAGUACCAUUUUUAAUAUGUAACAAUGAAAGAGGAAGACAGCAAUUUUAAUGAAUACAUUUUAUUUUUAAUAUUCAUCUAUGUAGAAUUAUCACAGUCAAUGAAAUGUCCUCUGCUUCAUAUAUAAAGAGUGAAUUAUUAUAAAGCAGUUGUAUAAGAAUACCACUAUGAUAUACAAGUAAAUUGUGUUUUUUGUUGUUUAUAAAUGUCAUCUAAUAUAAAUACAUGUAAUGAGUUAAGCUGUUUAAAUAUAAGAGAGAUGGAGAAACAAAAGAAAAAUUUCAAACAUGAUUUUAAUUAAUAACUGUGAUUCUAAAUACCGCAAAUAUUGAAUAUUCAAGUUACAUGUGGCUAAUAAUUUUAGUAAUGGUCUUUCGAGUAUCUUGAAUAUACCAGGUAUUCCAUAAAUAACCACAAAUAUCACAAGUUCUUAUGGAUUGUAGAUUAAAGUUGU